AAUGUUGUUCGGUAUUGAACAGCGUGGUGAAGUGGUUGAUGAACUAACAGAGUAUUUGCAUGAAGUUUAUGCCAAAGAGCAAAAGAGUUUAGAUGAUAUAAGAGCAAAAGCAGAGGUCGCAAUUCAGAAGUCUCAGUCGUAUAACCAAAAGUAUUUUGAAAAGCACCAUAAACCAGCGAAAGAGUUUAAUCCGGGAGAUUUAGUUGUAAUUAAGAAUGUGGAUACCACUGUUGGCAAGAAUAAAAAAUUAAUUAAGAAAUUUAGGGGCCCAUACGUAAUCCGAAAGCGUUUAGAUAAUGAUAGAUAUGUUGUAACAGAUGUUGAGAAUUGUCAAGUAACGCAGAUGCCAUACAACAGUGUAAUAGAUUCAAGUAGAAUUAAGAUGUGGUUGGAACCAGAGUCAGAGUUUAAUGAAACGGACACAGAAGGCAACACUUUAGAAUUAGAAAUAGAACCGUUAAGUAAUGAAUAUGUAGAUUAUGAGUUUUUGGACACAUAGAAUUAACAAUUUAUUGUACAACAAUCGUGGUCGAUUGUUUUGUCAGAACGGCCGA